CAUGGUACUGGGAACACACAGAAUUAGUUCGUUCCUGUUGAGCAGACAGAGCUUCGGCUUUGUUUUUAUGUAAUAGAAGGAAGUACGUCUUACUCAGAAGUGAGGCUAGGACCACGCUCUACGGAACUGUGCGGACAAGGCCCAGACGAAGUUCGGCUUAGGAGGUUUGGCUUUGCGUCUUCCUUCCCCUUUCAGAACGUGUCAGACAGAUGGCAGAGAAGGCAGUACUGGGGAAUGUCAUCACGCUGCUCCCGCUCACCCUUCAGGUCUACCCACACACCACUACAUGUCAAGAAUAUGUAUUUGGCCCUAUUCCUAUGUUGUGAAGUAUCGAAGGAUACCGUUUGGCUCUGCUCAACACGGAUGUCCACGGUGGUCCACGCUGUCGGGACCGAACAGAAGCCUGAAAUAUGUUGUUGCCUUCUUACCUUCAGGUAGAAGAAUGGGGUGUGGAUACCAGCUCUAUUGUCAGGUGUUUCGUCUGUAGGCAUGUCUGUGAACCACUUGCAUGCCUAGUGUCUAGGGAAGUCAGAAAAGGGCAUCAGAUCCCCUGGGACUGUAGCUCCACCUGGAUGUGAGCACCAGACAAAAGCAAUGCAGGGGAGAAACCAGCUUGUUUGGCUCCUGCUGUCAUUGAGAGCAGUCAGCAAGAACUAUGGAGGAACGCUGCUUCUCGGCUCAUUCUCUGACUUUCCUUUGGCUUAUACAGCCCAGAAACCCUACCUAUAGUGGACUGUGCCUUCCCACAUCAACCGAGACAGUCCUCCACAAAUAUAUCACGCUUGUGAGCCUAGUGCCUCCAGGAGGCCAGAGACGGUGUUGGGUUCCCUGGGACUGGUCUCACAGAUGGUUCUGAGGCGCCAUGGAGAUGGCUGGGGGAACUGAACUUUGCUCUUCCAGAAAAAGCAGCCAGUGCUCUUAGCAUCUGAGCCAUUUCUCCAGCUCUAGUGAUUAUAUAAUUUUAUGUGUUGCUAAUUUUCAGGAUUUUUGAGGCUUUACAUUUACUCCUUGCUGUGUUUAUCUUACUUUGGGCAUUCUCAGGACGUUAAAGAAGACGUCUGUAAUGAUGGCCUAGGAAAGAAAGGCCAUUUCCAGGAGGUCAUGUUUUUGGGAGAACUGUAACCAUAUCAGCUAAAAUCUUGUGUGUUUCUGUGACUGAGUUCAAGUAAGUAUCUGUCUGCUCUUAAAGACUCGAUGGGACCAAAGGAAUCUUAAGAUAAAUUAUAUGAAAUUAAACCAUGAAAUCUGCAGAGGGAGCCAAAUAAGUAAAAUUAUAAAACAUCCAAAGGGUUGAAGUCAGCAGUCUCAUAGUCUACAUGCAAGGAGAUGUGGGUCUAGCAGGCUAUUGUACUCCAGGGUACAGCAAUAGCUUUUCUCCUGAAGGCCAACACAUGGGCUCUGUAUGUAACAAACUCAAAGAAUGUGAUAGGAAGGCAGACUUUUAUCAUUUUAUAUUGCAUAAAAUAUCAUAUAAAUAUGUAAUAGAAUAUUAUAUAAUUCAAUGGAACCCUGCGAGCUGCAGAACGAGCUAGUGUCAGCCGAAGGCCGAAACCGGAAGGCGGUGCUGUGCCAGCGUUGUGGCUCUCGGGUGCUGCAGCCAGGAACUGCUCUUUUCUCUCGCCGGCAGCUUUUCCUCCCCUCCAUGAGGAAGAAGCCGGAUCUGGUGGACGGCAGCAAUCCUGAUGGUGAUCUCCUCGAGAAACACUGGCUGGUUAAUGACAUGUUCAUCUUUGAGAACGUGGGCUUUACCAAGGACGUGGGCAACGUCAAGUUUCUAGUCUGUGCAGACUGUGAGAUUGGACCCAUUGGCUGGCAUUGCCUAGAUGACAAGAACAGCUUCUAUGUGGCCUUGGAGCGAGUUUCCCACGAGUAACUGAGGGGAUUGGGACUUGGCUCCACCCUAGCUAUAAAGCUCUGCCCACAAGAACCGACACUGAUGUGUCAGCAGUGCUGGCAGACUUCUUGGUACUAAUAUAAGCACCGGUGUUUGCCCUUGAACUUGCAGAGGGCCGGUCCUGUUUCCUCAGGCCUCAGAGCAUGUCUCCUACUUAGUCCUCUCUGUCACAUGUGUCCUAGAGCCCUUUCCCCUGACUUGGAACAUGGAAGAACACGCGAGUGCUCUACCAGUGUAGUCUGGUUCCCUGCACUCUGCCUCCGCACCUCGAUGCCAAGCUCUCUUCUUCUCAGCAAGAACAACAUUCAU